UGAAUGGGGAAACGGAGCGUAAUUUGAGGAAGACGGAUGAGUUUUGGGCCGCACACCCCUCAAUUUUCGCCAAGCAUGCGGCAAAAGGACCGCGGGGAUAUGCGGAGAAACAACAAGCGCUGAACCGCCAGAGACACAGGAGAGAGAGGAACGCUGGCGGCGGGAGUUAGCGUGAAAAUGCAGCGGCACAGCACCGCAUUCAGCAUCGAGGCGCUGAUCGCCAAGCCCCGGCACGCGCCGCCGGCCGUGUACGGGGGGUACAGCAUGUUCGUCCCGCAGCCCUUACUGGUGCAGGCCGGUCCCACCCCGACCCUGCCGCCGGUGCCAGCCAGCUCCAUGGCGGCGGGACCUGUCAGCUCCAGCACCAGCGGGCUCCCCGGGCAGACGCACAGCCGGACAGACGCGCACACACAGCCGACAGACCAGCCCGACCUCAGCCCGGACCCGCACGACUCGCGCCCGACAUGGUCUCCCGACUCAGGAUCAGGAGCCCAGGACGGCGUGCCCGACACCACAGGCGGGGAGGACCCCGACUCCAACCCCGACAGCGACCUGGAGCUAGACGGGGCGGACAAGUCGCCCAGCCCGACGCACGGGCUCGGCAGCCCCGCCGUACCCGGGGGGAAGACCCGGCGGAGGAGAACCGCCUUCACCUCCGAGCAGCUUCUAGAACUGGAAAAGGAAUUCCACAGUAAGAAAUACCUCUCGCUAACCGAGCGAUCCCAGAUCGCGCACGCGCUCAAACUCAGCGAGGUGCAGGUGAAGAUUUGGUUCCAGAACAGGAGAGCGAAGUGGAAACGGGUGAAGGCCGGGAACACCAACACCCGCGGACCCAACCCCAACCCCAAAAUCGUGGUGCCGAUCCCCGUCCAUGUGAACCGCUUCGCCAUGAGGAGUCAGCACCAACAGAUCGGCAAGUCUCACCAGGGUUUGUGACGGGACGGACACAAGGUAGAACUCCACUGUAAAUGUAAUAUGGACACAUGUGUAGUUCACGAGCAAUAUUAGUUUAUAAUGAAUACAGUGCAAGGGACGGAGAACAGGGGUAACGUGGCUGGGAAAUCGCCUUUAUAAAGUUUAUUUACGUCCGGAAACGAUCUUUUUUCUGGUACGCUAAAACAUUUCAGGUCGGUUUGCUGAAUUUUAAAAUUGUGAUGGAGUAGGGUGCGAGCGUUGUGUGAAGAGAAUGAAUAUGGAAGACCAUGUAAACAGUUCGUCUUCUGAAAGCUGUGUUUAGAAAUCAAGAAGAACUCUGUAAUGAAUUCUAACUUUAUCCCCGAAUGCCAUAACAUUUCUUCACGUCGAAACGUCGGUGUGCAUUGUAAACUUACUAAGAAAUUACAAAAGGAAACUAAAAACUUU